AGAGGAACCAGCCACUGAGGAACUAUCUUAGGAACGGCAUGGAGAGCAAAUGGAGUGGCUGGGUGCUGAUCCUUUCUGUGUGCCUGGGCUCCUACCAAGCCGGGGCCAGCCCCCUCCACGAGUGCGGCGAGCGGCCGGAGAACUGGUGCCAUGACGUGGUGACGGCAGCCAAGUGUGGGGCGCUGGAGCUCUGCCGGAUCACCGUCUGGGACCAGGCCCUGGGGAAGGGGAUCCCGUGUCACCUGUGCCAGGUGGCAGUCUCCGUGGUGGGCAAGAUCCUGCAGGACAACCGCACCGAGGAAAAACUGCGGCUCUUCUUGGAUAAGAAAUGCCAGUACCUGCCCUUCCAGGACUGGUCCGUCAAGUGCAAGAGGAUGGUGGACACUGGCAUCCUCAUCCUCGUCCAGCUGGGCAAGCAAGUGCUGUCGGACCCGAAGGUGGUUUGCGGGACCAUCAAGCUGUGCCAACCCCGGGAGAGCCCCACGGGGGCCCUGAAGUUUCAAGAGCCGCCACCGGCCCCCACGGGCCCCGCUCAGGAUUUCACCGACCUGGUCGCCCCCUUCAUCGCCAACGUGCCCCUCCUGCUCCAUCCCCAGGACCUGCCUCACGGCGAAGCCCAGGAGACGGAGGAGGUGUGCGAGGACUGCCUGCAGCUGGUGGCGGCCGUGCAGCUGGAGCUGGGCACCAACGCCGCCUUCGCCCAGGUGCUGGUGGCCCCCGCCGAGUGGGCGUGCGAGGGCCUGGCACCCAUCCUGGCACAGCGGUGCAAGCGCUACCUGGCCGAGUACGCGGACACGGCCGCCCGGCUGCUCCGGCACUUGCAGGCUGAGGACCCAAUGGAGCUGUGUGGCCAGCUGGGACUCUGCUCCUCCGCUUCGGCGCUGCCCCUCCACACGCUGCUCACUGAGAAGGUGAUGCAGGUCCUGAGCAUGCUGGGGGAUGGGGAGGGGACCACGCCGCUGUGCGAGAUGUGCCAGUUCGCCGUGAAGGCGGCCGAGAGCCUCCUGGAGAACAACGUGACGGAGGAGCAACUGGUGAACGACAUCGAGAAGGUGUGCUACAUGCUGCCCCACAGCGUCAUCGGGCAGUGUAAGGACUUCGUCGACUCCUACGGCAAAGCCGUGGUCAUCAUGCUGCUGGAGGCCACCGACCCCGCGGCCAUCUGCACCAUGCUGCGCUGCUGUCCCCGGAGCGGGGACGCCCACCGAGGGGCUGCGGCGCUGGAGCAGCUGGCGGUGGGCGCGGGCGCCUUCUGCAACGUCUGCCAGAUCGUCAUCACCUACUUUGAUAACGAGCUGCUGAAGAACGAGACGCUGGCGGAGCUGGGCGACGUGCUGGAGAAGGGCUGCGAGCUGCUGCCCACGCCGCUCACCGACAAGUGCGAGGCGCUCGUGGUGCAGUACGAGCCGGCGGCCGUGCGGCUCCUCGUGCAGAUGAUGGACCCCACCUUCGUCUGCACCAAAAUAAGAGCCUGCGACUCACCCGAGGAAGAUCUCCUGGGCUCGGACCCCUGCUCCUGGGGCCCGCACUACUGGUGCAAGAACAUGGUCACGGCGGUUGAGUGCCACGCCGUCGAGCACUGCCAGCGUCACCUAUGGAACUAGGAGCCACCUCCCUGGCCGGCCGGGCUUGCCCCGUCGUUUUGGUUCAGGAUCCCGGACCCCAUCCCUUGGGAUGCGCCUGCGCCCGCGGACGGCGACGGCAGGAGCCCACCGGCCUCAGCACCCCGGUGCGGGGCUGUGGGGGCACCCCAGCUGCCUCUGCCACUUCCUUUUCCACCCCUGGGGCUUGGAUUUCCAAAUCAGGUUAAGGGACUUGUUAGUAUUUUCAGGAAUGGGGAUUCAGCCUCGCCGUCUCUUAGGCUGAUUGCAAAAAUCCCACCACCCCAUGCCAUCCCAUCCCCAUCCCCAUCCCCAUCCCAUCCCACCCUGAACCACACGUAAAGCCCAGACCCUGCAACGUGGAUCCGUCCCCGUGGGCUGGGAUGGUUUCUGCUGCCCAAACGCCGGCCCCCGCCCCCGGCUCCUGGCCACCAGCAGCCUCGCACUGCAGGUCUCGUUGGCUUUUGGCAAGCCCAGCCCUUUGCUGGUCCCUCUUCAAAUUGGGGUGGCUUUUUAUCAAUAUAUUUUUUUCCCCUGGUCACCAGUUAAAGCAACAAAGUGGAUUAAAUUUACCUGCAAUGCCCGGCUUUGCAUGACGUUUGCAGUACACUGAUUUUGUGUCCAGCCGAUUGCUGUAGAUAAAUAGAUGUAUUUUAAGUAUCCCCUGAACAAAAUCUGACUGAGUUUGGGGGUAAAGGUUUCCUUUCACGCGCACAUCCCCGCCGGGGGGGGGGUGGUCCUGUGCCGACCCAGCCGCGGCAGCGAGGGGCAGCGGGGCUGGCUCGUCCCUCCCUGCCGUGGGAGGGGGGACGCCCGCAGCACCCGGUCCUGAGCGUGCCCGGGAGCAUCUCGCCGCAAAUAAACUC